AUGCCAUCAACAUGGAUUUAUAUAAUCGUUAACCUGGUGGUUUAUGUGAUCGCUUCAUCAGAGAAUGAACAAACCAAAGCUUUUAUACAGUUAACCGAAUUCGAUUACGAGGAUAGUUGUGCGAGUACAGCUGAAGCUGAAUGGGCAUUCAUUAAUUCCCCAUCGAAUGAAACACUGCCGGCGUGGGAGGAGAAAUUGAUUUCUUAUGCUUCUUUUAAGAAUGUACAGAGAAAUGAGGUCGCCAAUGUUUCAAAAGCUGGUAUAAAUGAUCCAUCUUUGCAAUACAAAUAUGAUGUAGCUGAAAAAGCUGGUGAUGCUUUGUUAGAUGGCGAAGAUUUUAAAACGCUCAUUCAUUUUGCUGGAACAGCAGAAUUAUUGAGAUUAUCUACAGUUCAUGCAGAAGUGUUAAAUAAUCAUACAAGAAAAGAUGUAGAGUAUCUUCUAUCUCAUAGCAAUAAUGUCGAGACUAAAAAGAAUAUUUGGACAACUUGGCAUCAACAGUUAGCCCCGUUAGUUAAGAAUUUUACAACUAUACUUCCACUUAUUAAAAAAGCUGCCAAAGCAAAUGAUGCCAAAGAUGUUACAUCAUAUUGGGAGCUCUUAAGUGGUUACAAUGAUGGUUAUAAUAAAAUUAAGUACGAAUGGAGUAAAGUUUCUAAUCUUCAUAAAAAAAUAUUGAAAUUCGCAAUAAAUAAUCUAUCCCAAAAAUACAAGAUUCCUAUGAACGAUACAAUGCCAGCUUAUUUAUCUGGAUCUCUCCAAGGAAACGACUGGACUUCUAUAUCAGUUGAUGUAACACCUUAUCCAGAUAUAAUGUAUAAUAUUAAAAAAAAUCUCUGGAAAAGGAAACUUAUUGGAAAAUCACUGUACAAAACAGCCUCUAGUAUGAGCACACAAUUGUUGAACCAAGUUCCACAAGCUGACUUUUGGGAUAAAAGUCAAUUCAAUGCACAGUGUCCACCAAAAUUAAUUAAUUUCUGUGAGGAAGGCAGUAUGAGGGUGUUUACUUGCUUUGAGCCUACCAUAAGCAACGUUCUUUCUGCUUAUAAAAAUGUAGGAAAAAUUAUGUUUAAUCAAAUGUCUAUCGAGUCAAUCCCGGUACUCAAUACAGCUAAUCGGUAUUCUGGUUUGGAGGAAGGUCUGUCAGAAUUAUUUAGUAUUUUAGCAGCAAGUCCUGCUUGGUUAAAUUACACCCACCUUAUAGACGAAUCAACAGAUAACGAACAGCGUUUAAUUGUAUCAUUAAUGAUCACUGCAUUGAAUAUAUUACCAAGUCUCGCUUAUUACAUGGCUGUGGAUACGUGGAGAAUCAAUGCCAUUGAAGAAAAGAUUACAAAUCCUGAAGAUUUAGUAUCAGCAUGGUGGAAGCAUAGACAAGAAUACGAAGGACUUAAUUCCAAUGGAACUAACGUACCCACGUUCUUAAAUGACGAAUACAUUACUAGCAACAAGCCAUAUCUUUCAAAAUUAAGUGGUACGCUCCUUGCAUUUCAAUUCUAUGAAUAUCUAAUGGAGUCUACGGAAAUUAGAUACGAUUCAAUUGUAAGAAAACAAAUGGAUGCUAAUUUCAUAAAAAUGAUUCAACACGGCGGUGCUGACGAUUGGAUGAAAGUAAUUAACAAAUAUUUAGAGAUAGAUGAAAUUUCAUCGGAUUCGCUUUUGUCGUUUUUCUCGCCGCUAGAGGAAUUUAUUGACGAGCUAGAAAAUGACUUUAAAUACAAAACAGUUAAGGAAUCAGAAUUGCAGGAGUUACAAAAGAAGAUUAUUGCUGAAAUGAAUGCUCCACCACCCACCACUGCUAGACCUACUACUAUUACAUCAAAGAGUAUAAACAUAGAUAAAAAACCCACAAAUAAAACAUCAUGGAACAAAGAAAAUAACGGAAGAAACGUCAUGAACGACGCAGUUUAUUCUAAUAAAAGUUUAGAGCCUAAAUCGCACGUACAUAUACCUGCGGAAAAAGCAGAAAAUCAUAACUCAGAGUCAAAAGCAACGACUAAAAUUCCUUUUGAUCAGUUGCCAGCCGAUAGUCUAGACAUGGAAGAAGAACAAGAUAAACCAAAGAUUAAUACUAGUAAGGCAGUAUGGGCAGUAGGCGCAGUGCUAUUAGCGACAAUCAUUAUUUGUACAAUUGCGAUCUUCGGAAGACAAAGAUGUCGUAAAACACCAAAAAAUAGACGCUACGUUUAACGAUGUUUCAGCAUUAAAAAAAAUAAAUACAAAUAUUUAUUUUUGCAUUUACAUUAGAUAGCCUUGGCGUAAGUAAAUUAUUGUCAUAAAGUCUUUUAAUGAAAAAGACAUUUACUAAUUUGGCGACAUCUAGCAAUAUACAUUCCCUGGUGUUAAUUGCAAAGUAGACGGAGACUCGAUAUUAGGGGAGGUAGCAAUAAAGAGAAAGAAACGAAAAAAUAAUAAGUAUUAAUGCGCGAAUGUUAUUAUGUUUAAUUGUGUUUUCUACGUCGAAACUAUUUCAUUUCAAUUAAAUGUGUUUAGUCAAAUUAUAAUGUGUUUAAAACAUAUUUUCUCGCACAAAUAUAGUACAGAUUGUACAAUAUAAUUAUUAAUUUGAAAAUUAGUGAAGAAUUAUUGUAUAACAUAGAAUUGUCGUAGCAUGUAUGCCUAAGUACAACAGUUCCUCUAUAACAAUACCAAACCAUAAAAAAUGAAUUUAAAAAUACGCACAAAACAAUAAUGUAUCUUUUACGUUUUCUGUAGAACCCUUAGAUAAUGUAUGUCAUUAAUUUCUCUGAUAGUUUAUGCCUAUUGUACACAUCAAUUAAAAUAAGGCUUGUACAUAAUUACUUAUACAAUAGUAGAGUAACAUAGUAAAUUACCAUCGUGUGUAACUACCAUGAAACGUGUCACAAUUACUAAAGACGUAUUUUUCUAACAUUAAUAUUACUGUGUACGAUUUUUGCAUACAUGUAUGUCGUUUAUAUAAAAUGUAUUGAAAAUUUAUAUUUUUUAUAAAAGUAUUUAUUUGUACCUUACAAGAUAAGAUAAUAAAGUAUUGUUCUGGUACAAAGUUAAAAUUUAACAAUUUUAUACGUAUCGAAUAAUCGAAUAAAUAAAUUUAUCUAAUUUCUGUGACACUGAGACUCACUGACCACUGUACUAAGCAACAAAUAAAAUGUUUUGUGUUUUUUGAUAAUAAACUUACCUCUAAAC